AUGCAUCGAUGGACAACUAGCAAUAAGGAUCGUAAUAAGAAGUUGGUCCACCACAUCAAGACACUCACAACUGACAAAUAUCGAUUCUGUGAAGUAUCGAAUGAUUUGCGUUCGCAAUGCCUACAAACAUUAAAGCAGUCCAAGAACUUUAAUCGAUUGCAAAUUUCCAUGAAGCUCUUACAAUUUACUGAAGAUGUUCGGUCAGCGUACUAUGGCACAUCGACCAAAUCGAGUAAGAAAAUCAACAGUCGAGCACCACUUGCCCAAGACGAUCAGCUUGUCGACUACUAUGUUCCCGACCCAGAGGAUGCUGGCUGGCUUGUCCCUGAAGGGUACUUAUCAGAAGGUGAAGGUGUCGAAAGUGAUGAUGAACGUACAACCAAGUCAGACCGAGCCAUGCGAUCUACUAGAAAAACACACUGCUAUCCGCCCUGUUGUUGUGGGAACCGUUUCGAUGAUGGCGACCCAGGAGAAGAUGAUCCAUUAAAACGUUACGCGAUGCGAAUGCUGUUUGACAUCCUCUUUUUGCUCUAUGUGACAGAUUUCCCUAAAGAUAAACCGUACGAUCCUUUCUAUGUGGAAGCCGACGAUGCUGCAAAUACCAAAUACACAUCUAGCACAGCCGACGACUUUUUGAAGAAAUCCAUUGCUUCUACGGCACAAAAUGAUAAUCAAUUGAUCAGCAUAAAGACAGACGCAAUGCCAAAACUGAUUUCAGAGGCCAAGUCAGAUUGGCUAAUACGUGACAUGUCUAAGCGACAGAUUGAGAUGCGAAUAAAAAAACUAGCUGUCAAAGAAAACGGGGAACUGAGACGAAACCUGCCUGGCAUGUCGAAGAUUCUCUCAGCAACAUACAUUUAG